AUGAGUUCCUCACCUGAGCAAGCCGCGAAGAGUCGUCGUAUAGCAAAAGCCCUCGAAAGUCUCUACGAUUCUGUGCCACAAACUCAGGGAUCCUCUGCCAGCUCUGGAGGUAAAGCAAAGGCAAAUGAUACGGCGGAUAUUUGGGCAAAAAAGAAAGCGGAGAAUAACUAUUAUCUUGCGAACCUUAACAUAUAUAUUCCUUUUGUAGGGUCUUCAGAAGUGCCUCAUCCUGAUGAUUUAAGUCAAAAGGAGUAUCUCUCGCUCUUGGAAGACCAACGACAAUUCCGUGUCGAUCUGAACAAGAAGCUUGAAUUACAACAGAGAUUAUCAAGUAAAGGGUUCUCCGAAGAGGACAGUGAAUGGUACUUGGACUGCCUAUGUUUGGCACCAGCACCAUCCAAAUUCCCGUUCAGCAACCUUGAAGCCAUAUUCGCGCAAGAAGUCUCUAGAACAGGUGCAAGGGAAGCUCGUGCUUCACAUCUGAGUCUUCAUUUCAGAGAGAUUGGACUUCCAAGCUACAAUACCGACGCAACCAACAUGUCCUAUGAGGCUGAGCUCACAGCGAAGGUUUUGCAGACCUCUGACCGAUGGAAACGGGACGAGAGUGCUCGCGAGUUGUUCUUCCGAAUGAGCGACGCAUUGAGCUCGAUGGGUAAUUGA